AUGCAGAACGAGGCACGCAUCGAGAAGCUCAUCAUCUCGAACUUCAAGUCCUAUGCUGGCCGACAUGAGAUAGGCCCUUUCGACAAGUUCACCUGCAUCAUCGGCCCCAAUGGCUCCGGGAAGUCCAACAUCAUGGACCGACGCACCGCGCUCCGCGAGUCGCGCGUCACUCGCCGCUCGCCGCUCGAAUCGCUCGCGACCCAAAAGGCUGCAACCUGA